AUGGGGUUCCUAAACUUUCUGAACCGGAGACCGAAGGAUGAUGGGAAAUCAGACGGCUCCUUCAGGCUCCAAAACGGCAAUCCAUUGGCCACAGCAUCAGUGCCAAGUGUUGCAGUGCACAGCCCAGUACGACAAUCAUCUCUCCAAGACAUGCAAAGGGCUUCAGUCGGUACCAAGAGGAGGCAGAAAUGGGCCGGCUCGACGAAGCCAUAUUCCUUGGGAGCCCGCAGCGACCGACCAAGCACAGCCAAAUCGGAGGGACGGCCAGGCUUGGCAAGACCGUCUUCAAGUCGGAGUAGGGUGUGUCUGAUUGCCGAGUCGGACUCGGCAUCAUCAGCACUUGCCAACCCGCCCAUUACUGCUUCCAGGUCAUAUUCAUCUACGCGGACGCCUGGAUAUGUCGAUCUUCUCGACGCGCAAGGUGGACUCAGGCCGUACGACUUCCGCGCUCGUGUACAAGCAGCUGGGGCGAGAGACUACGGCGAAGACGUUGCGGAACGUAACAUGGGUGAGAAUGGCGUUGAUGUCCGGAGUGCUGCUGCACAAGUGUUCUACGAGCAAAAAAGGCGAAUGUCUGUCACGACUUUUUCCAGCAUGAGCCAUAUUUUAGAGGCAGAUGCUUCUACAUAUGCCGGUAGUGAAGCGGGCGAUAGUAUGAGCCAAAUCGAGCGUUCGGUGUAUUCACCAACUAGGUCAUUGUCCAGGUAUUCAAUGGAUCCGAGGCAAGAAGUCAGUGCAUUGGCCGUUGGCACAUCUACAACGCUUGAAAACACCAAGAGGGCAGUCAAAUCUCCCAAGUUGGCAUGCAAAGGGACGGGGCAGGCGGCCAGUCCUCGUCGAGACCAACCUCUCUCAACCCCAGCCAGCCACCUGCAGCCUCACAAACGAAACAGUUCCCGUGGACGGUCACCGUCGACCAGAAAUUGGAUCUCGACCGAACAACCGGUCGCUGGAAAGACGCGAAACGACCGUUGGGAAUCCCGGCAUCUUAGUGUCAGCGAAUCACGAGCCAGGUCUCUUUCGCCCCCUUCUGUCCCUCGAUAUCGACCAGAUAGUAGCAUGACUACCAUGCACGAAGAGGACGACCGUUCUGACUCCAUGUCACAACCCAUCCCACGGAGAGAUGACGUCCGGAAUGACAGUACCGGGGGCAGACAGAAAUCGGACGAGGAACAUUCCGAGUACGACAUUCCGUCGCCACGCCGCACUCAUCCGCCGUACCACUUGGAUGCCGCACCAGCUGCUUCGCCGCAAUACCAUGCAGAGUGGCAAACUGCAAUCCAACGUGCCGUUGAGGAAUCCCUAGCCAAGCUGCCACUCUCGGCGGAUCUGAAGGCACUCAUGGAACUGACACAGGGCGGGACUUCCCUCGACGAUAUUCUCCGAGGAGUACCCCUUCGCCAUUCUUCGCUGCAUCAAGGUUCUAUUAUGAGUACGACGCCAACGACAGACUUUUCCGACUACGCAAGCAGCCACACUGGACGCCCUCACAGCCGGCAUACUGCUACUACGUCUAUUGAUUCCUCUGCGAGAAUAGAUGUGCACCACAAGAGCGCACUGAGCACUCAAGAAGACAAAAGCUUCUUAGGGGACCAGUGGCAAGGUUCACCGCAACUCACGUCAGUAGACGACGAGGAGGAGCCCGCGGGUACGGAUACGUCAACUGCGCCGACUCCUCCAUUGAAGAGGACGCAGAAUAUCAAGACAGGCAUUCUAGAUGAUGGCAUCAUGGAACUGGAGGAGUAUGAAUGCUUAACGUCGGACUACUCUGAUGUCGAUUCCUUCACUGAGAAACGUCGGCAAGUACUCGACGACGAUGAGACCAAAUUAUUCAACGACGGGGGCUUUGGGGAUAUCAGCAACAACCUUCCUGGUAUUGUGAGCGCGCGGGAGCCUAAGAAUUGCAUGAUUUGUAUCAUCUUGGCCAACAUGCAGGGGCGUCCUGUGGAAACAGAGCCGUUGACACAGAACGCGACUCGGCGUCGACCAAGGGCCGGGCCAGAACCAAGAAGCUUACAGCUGGGAGCAAUGGCGGCCUGCGCCGCCUGA